AUGAAGACUCAGCUGGUCAGCGCUAUCCAGCUGCAAGAACUGGAACUGCAUGAGAAACCUGUCAAUAAUAAUGAAGACAAGCCUGACAAAAGCACGGCGUCCAACCCAACACAGACCUACAGUGUGGAGGACGCCGUGGAGACCAUAGGCUUUGGCCGUUUCCAUAUUCUCCUCUUUGUAAUUAUGGGAGCCUCGAAUAUUGUGGAGGCAAUGGAGAUCAUGUUGCUGGCUGUGGUGUCUCCGGAGAUCAGAUGUGAGUGGCACCUCGAGGACUGGCAGGUGGCCCUUGUUUCAACGAUGGUCUUUCUGGGCUUUAUGGUGUGUGGUGUUCUUGCAGGGUACUUAGCGGAUAGAUAUGGACGCUGGACAGUGGUGUUUUGUGGAUUUGUAUGGAGCGCUUAUUUCUCUCUCCUUACGUCCUUUGCACCGACGUAUGGCUGGUUUAUCUUCCUGCGCAGUAUGGUGGGCUGUGGAGUGGCUGGAGUGUCUCAGGGGUUUGUGUUGAAGACUGAGUUCAUCCCUGCAAAGCACAGAGCGUUCCUUCUGCCUCUGGCCACUAUCUUCUGGAUGCUUGGCUCCAUCCUCAUCAUAAUCCUGGGGAUGCUGGUGGUCCCCACACUGGGCUGGAGAUGGAUGAUUCGCUUAUCUGUUGCACCAAGCGUGAUUCUCAUUUUCCUGUUUAAAUUCAUUCCAGAGUCUGCACGUUACCAUGUUUCAGCAGGAAACCUUCCAGCUGCCGUUAAAACAUUGCAAAAAAUCGCAAAGAUGAACAGAGCAUCUCUUCCACCAGGAAUAUUGAUGGAACCUGCUUUGACAGAGAGAGGGAAUUGGAGGCUUCUGCUCAGUCCAUCCUUGAGGAGGACAACUUUACUGCUCUGGUACUCUUGGUUUGUAGCUUCAUUUGCAUAUUAUGGCUCAGUGUUGAGUAGUUCAGAACUGUUAGAGAAGAACCUGUUGUGUGUAAAAAAUGCAGACCACGAGCACCAGAUCAAACACCGCCAAGAGGACGGACUGUGUUACUGCAUUCCAUUUGCGUACAAUGACUAUCAAACUCUGCUCAUCAGUGCUUUUGGAGAAGUUGCCCUCGUCCCACUUAACAUUGGCCUUUUGAACUUGUUUGGAAGAAAGACGAGUUUGGCAGUUUUACAGUUGCUGGCAGCUGUAUUUUUUUUGUUAAUCAAUAUUUGCACCACCAUGUUCGGUUUCACGGUUCUGUUCUUCCUCAUCCGUUCACUGGUUUCCAUGAACUUUAACGUUGUUUACAUCUACACAGCCGAGGUAUACCCCACGGUUGCUCGUUCGCUCGGUAUGGGCUUUUGUACAUCGUUCAGUCGCAUUGGUGGGAUGAUUGCACCAUUCAUUGCACAGGUGUUGAUGUCCCACUCUGUGAUAGCGGCCCUUUGUCCGUUUUCUGUCGCCUGUUUCAUUUGUGGUUUAGGAAACUUUCUGCUGCCAAUUGAAACUAAAGGACGAGCUUUGCUGCAAACCCAUUGA